AUGGGCAUGCACACAUAUGUAGGUAGGUCAAAGGUGGCAGCAACAUUAACAUCUGCACACACCGUCAUCACAUAUCCAGGGUGGAGAGGCGACAACCUCAUCACCAACGAUACCUUCCCUUAUGGCAUGCAAUGGAUGUAUCCAUGCGGAGCCGUAGCCCUGCAACCAGGCUGGUUCCAAGGCCACCAGACGGCCUUCAUGUAUGUCAACCUGGGCUUCGGCACCGACGGCCCGGACGGUGGGCCGCCCAACAUGAGCUUCCCGAUGGUGUCGCCCUUCCAGAUCAUCGGACCCUCCGCGAACCCGUACCCGGGCACAAUCUGUCUGCCCCAGGUACCGCUUCCCGCCAACACGACCGUGCAGGCUGGAGAUAAUGCCACGAUCCAGGUGGUGGAGAUUGCCAAGCAUGGCGCUGCUCUUUUCUCGUGCGUCGACAUUACCUUUGCUGACCCCGGCGACGCCCGCAUCCCCGACGUCAAUUCCUCCAACUGCUUCAACAGCAAUGACAUGGGCUUCGCCGACGUCUACACCGUCGUCACACGCGAGUCCAACGCCAACCCCAAUGUCACCUCGGGCGCCGACGAGACUGUCUUUUGGUACUUUGGCAGGCACAACGGCGCCAGGUCCGUGUGGAACUAUAUCGGCUUGGCCCCUGUUGUUCUGGGGGCUGCGUGGUUGGUACUCUAA